AUGCCUUAUCCAGUGACGAACGGCGUGACGACCUUCCUACCACCACCUGAGGGUUAUGUGGUGGAUUUUGACAACCCCCAGAAGCAAGAUGCCAUCGAACAUUAUCUUGUAUUCGCCAUUCUGGGACCCAUUGCGUUCCUGUUUCUAGUACAGAGACUGUAUACAAAGUACUUCAUUCUGGGAAGCUGGAAGAUCGAUGAUGCUCUUAUUGUGAUUGCUUGGAUCUGUUCCCUUGUCAUGCAGUCGGUUCAGAUAUGGUCCAUUUCCAUCGGUGGUCUGUGUCAUCACGCAUGGGAAAUGCCAAUCGAGGUCUUUGAGAAGCAUAUGCUCAGCUCAUACAUCGCUGCACCCGUCUUCAUCAUCUGCAAUGGCUGCAGCAAAACAUCGCUGUUAACAUUUUACCUCCAAAUAUCACCCCAAUUGUGGUUCCGCCGAGUUAUAUAUGGAACCAUCACAUUUGUCGUUCUUUACACACUCAUCAUCUCCACGCUUCUUCUAUUUGGCUGCAACCCUAUCCAGACGGCAUGGGACCCUUUUCGGUUCGCGAGUGGAAAAUGUGCCGAUAAUGCUGUCGUUUACAUCAUCAUCGCCGUGGUUAAUAUCAUCUCUGAUCUCAUUCUCUUUGUCAUUCCUAUACCCAUGAUUGCUCAACUGAAGAUGCCGUUGAGCCAGAAGAUUGGAGUGGCCAUCAUGUUUGGUAUCGCUACUAUAACGGUUGCAACGUCAAUUAUUCGAAUGAUCUUCCUCCCCGCCCUCCUCGGAGCACUCGACAUCCCAUGGGUCGCUGCCCCCGCCAACGUCUGGUCGAUCGCCGAGGCCAACCUCUUCAUCGUGUGUGGCUCGAUGCCUACAUUGCGCAAAUUCUUCAAGCGUUUCGCACCAAAGUGGUUCGGCUCCUCGCCCACACCUGAAGAAGCUGUUGUCGUCGGAUCCGUAUCAGACCAAUCUUCCAGGUUUGGAUUAGACAAGAAGAAAAAGAAGAAGCACACAGGAUAUUCGCAAUUUGACACGACGGAGUUGGGAAAUUAUCCUGAUGGUGUCAGUCAGGAAACCCAGGUGAUCGCUGGUAAGGCGGAUGAAGGGAACUUGGGAAAUGUUCUGUACAACUCAAGCGAGGAGGCGAUUCUACAGCAAAGCAAAAUUGCUUAUACCAAGUCGUUUGAGGUUUCGCGCAGCCCAUAA